GUAAUGGUGUUUGAAUGGCAUAGACUUUCUUUGGUAAAGCAACCCUAAGACUGCUCGUGGAUUUUUGAGUACCACGAGCGGAAAGGUGGUGGUGAAUCACCCCAUACGGACACUCAGGGUGGUGUAUCGUCUAGGUAGUUUUUAAAGGGCAGUCUUCUUGCUGUUAAAAAGCCUGUUGCUAUGUUAUAUAGCGUUGUUUUUUACUUUUUGAAACUUUGCAUUUAAAUGAGUCAUGGCUACAAGUACUGAAAAUGAGCAUUUCACUGCCUCUCCAGGUAGAGUAGAAGAAUUGCAUACCCCAUCGGAAGAGAAAAAAGAUGAAGGGUACCGUACAUCACGGAGUGGUAGAGUAAGCCCUACUCACAGUGCGCAGGGUCUCAUGCGGACAAGUCUAAAGAAAUUAAUUCAAGAAAAAAAAGCAAAAAAAGUGCGAUUUUUUCGGAAUGGUGAUAAAUUUUUUAAGGGCCUUCUGUACGUUCUAUCCGUUGAACGUAUUCGGUCAUUUGAUUCUCUUUUGGAAGAUCUUACAAGGGUUCUGGUUGACAAAGUGAACUUGCCAAAAGGUGUGCGAUACAUAUUUAGCAUUGAUGGAAAAGAGAAAAUUUUAUCUCUUGAACAUCUUGUUGAAGGGAGCAGUUAUGUAUGUUCUUCAACUGAUCAUUUUAUUAAAUUAGAUUAUUUAAAAAAUGAGAAACCUCAUUGGAGUGUUACAAAAAAAUUAGAUGAAAAUGUGUCCAGUAAGUGGGAGAUUGAUGGUUUAAACAGAGAAUCUAGAGACUUUAUUCGGCCGAAAUUAGUUACAAUUAUUAGGAAUGGUGUCAAACCCAGGAAAGCUGUUCGUAUCUUACUCAACAAAAAAACUGCUCAUUCUUUUGAUCAAGUGUUAAAUGAUAUUACAGAUGCCAUAAAACUGGAUACAGGAGCUGUUCGUAAAGUUUUCACCCUUACAGGAAAGCAAGUCAUGAGCUUAAUUGACUUCUUUUCUUCUGAAGAUAUCUUUAUUGCCUAUGGACCAGAAAAAUAUUCACAUGAUGAUUUUGACCUAGAUUCUGAAGGAUCUCAAGUAAAAAGAUCUCGGGAUGAAGAUCGAAGCAGAGACAUCGAAAUGGAGGAACUAGAACUGAUGGUUAUUGAGACUGACGAAGAUAUUUUACCGCAAACUGAUGAGAAAACUGAAGUUAUUGAUAUGGAAGUUGACUCACCUUGUUUGCUUGGUGAUUCAUCUUCUAUGGAUAGUGUGAGUGAUUAUUUCCCUACAAGUUUCCCAGUUCCUUCUCCAAAAAGCAAAGUGUUUGAUCGAUCUAAGCACACGUCAGAAAACUUAGCAAAGAGGCAUGAUAAAGGAUACUCACAGUUGCCACAUUCAAUGAGAAUUCAAGUAGCAGAUAAGAACAAGAGUUCAUCUCGCAAAGAGCAAAAGCUAUCUGACAAGAAAGAACUGACAAAAUUAAAUGAUUCUCAGUUAAAAGCUCUAGAUGAAUUGCCAAGUUCUGGAGUUGAGAUGCAAGUCAAGGAGAAGUUUUUAAAGAACCAAACGCAGAGAGUGGUUGAGGAUAAACUCCACAAACCUUUAUCACUCCCUGAGUUUCAAUUGAUGUUUCAGAGUCGGUUGGGUGCCUUUUGCUCAGAAGAUGAAAAGAAAGACAUCCGAUUAUCCUUGUAA